AUGAAUAUGUAUCUUUAUAAAAUCGUAGUGUUGGAAGUUAUAGUGGACAUGUUGUCAGAAAAAAUUAAUUCGUCCUGCAACUGGAGUCGAUGUGUAUCAAAACCCCAGGAAGCACUGUACGACUGUUUCAUCCCUUUUGGAAAUCGGCGUCAGUGCUCGUCUUACGAAUGUACAGAACGAUUCGAACUCACAACCUUCCGGCUAGCAACUGAGAACUGGGCCAUUCUACCGCAGGCGACUGAUCUGCAAAGUGAUAAGCCUUCAUUUAUCCAGGAUAUGAUGCCACCCAUCCUUCAGUCCCCGAAUUCAUAUCAGCGUUCACGUCAAAACAACCGCCAAAGAUUCACAAGGUAUACUAACGCCCAAAACGGAGUCGAGAACAGCUGCACAGCGCUUCUUAUAUAUAGUGUAGGCGGUUAUAACCUUCUGGAGAUUCUGACGCGUUCUGGAUGCGACAUUGGCAACCGGCAUUUGGCCAAUACUGGAUCUCCUCUUGAUGCAGAACUAGCAGGCGUCCCGAAUUCUUGGCCAAUCUCAUGCGGCCUAGGCUUAUCGAACGUAGCAGCGCCUAAAGACGUGCGGUAUGGCGGGAUCCCUGCGGCGGGAGGUGCAGGGGUUGGUAUCGCGCUAAGUCACCGGGCGGAAGUGUCCUUACUUGACUGGAUACCUGUUGAUAGUCGCCUCUGUGCGGUUCAUCUAGCAAAGUCUGUGAAGGAGUCUCACAAGCGGAAAGUUGAUGGAUGUCUGUUUAUCGUGUCUGUCUACGCCCCAACUGACUGUAGCUCCGACGCCGUCAAAGACAGCUUUUACGACGCCCUGAAUGCCCUGCUGCGGAGAGCUAAAAGCUCAGACAUCGUGAUGGUUGCCGGAGACAUGAGUCGACAUGGAUUGGACUCAUUACGUACGGACAGUGGGGAACGAUUACUUCAGCUGCGUGCUAAUCGCAGGCUAUUUUUAUGCAGUACUAACUUUCGAAAUAGCCGAAGUCGUCUGGCCACUUGGUGCCCUCCUACAACAGGUCGGCCACAAACUCAAAUCGACCACGUUGCCAUCAGUUACCGAUGGCGCGGGUCCAUUACUGACUGCCGGUCGUUUUGGAACACAUUUGUGGACUCUGACCACGCGCUCGUCCGGAGUCGCUUCUCCCUACGUUUCCCGGGGUCGCGUAAGGUGCGGACAAAUCGCAUGGCAACUGAAAGACUGGCAGAUCCGGAUGUCAGACGAACUUACAAGAAUCGUCUUCUAGAGUCUCUUCCAAGUGCUCCACCAUCAGAUGUGAACUCAUACUGGGACGAGAUUGCUACCUCUUUGCAUAGUGCUGGGAAUUUUGCCUGUGGCACGACCCAUCCAGGCGCCCUGAAGCACUGGAUAUCAGACCGAAUGGUGGCCCUACUUAAAUCUCGAAGAAAUAUCCCAACCGGUCCCGAACAUAACCCGAUGCGAAGAGCCAUCAGACGUCAAGUGAAAUUGAUCCGUGCGACCGGUCCCCGGAAACCACCUGUGAGUGAAAGCAUCAAGCAUCAGGAUGGAACGACCAUCUCGAAUAAGGAGGAACGCCUUGACCGGUGGGCUGAAUACUUUGAACAACAAAUGUCUGGACCACCAGCCGGCACUCAUCUAUGGCUCACAGGUGAAGUAGAACCUUGGACGGUGAGCAUUGAACCACCUACGGCCUCGGAGUUUACGACUAACAUAUGUUCCCUCAAGCGCCACCGAGCUCCCGGUCCGGAUAACCUUCCACCCGCACUGUUGCGUAUGCCGAACCACCGUCUGCCGAAGAGAGUGAUGUUUUCCAUGCCCAAUUCAGAGUGGCGUAAACAGAGAGGUGGCCAACCCUUGACUUGGCAGAGGAGUAUGAAGGAGAUCACGAAACGCUUGGGUGCUGUCAGUGCUACUCGCCGGAUGGGAUGGGAACCGCGUGAUCCUCACUGUGCCCGGAAACUAUCCACAAGAUUGCUGAAAUCUCUUCGACAGCCCACAGCCCUUCUUGGGGCUCAUCAGAUAUUCAUUGAUUCAAAUCAUUCAUUGCUCAAAUCCAAGCAAAUGCUACCAAAGCAACUCCACACAUUCCGCAACAGAUCUCCCUUUUCAAGAGACGCAAGGCGAAUUUACAAGAAGAAAACAUACUACUGGCAUGCCUCCCCAUCAGCAGCAAUAACUUUCUGGAAAUUCUGA